CCUUCCAAGUACUAAGCUGAUCGCUCGUACUGUUGGCGCUUAUUGAUACUAAAAAAGCGUUCUGAGUUUGUUUAUUUUUCCUCUUUGACCAUUGGAUGAGAAAUGUCCGGGUUUCAGGAAUUCAAAGAUUUAUUCAGACAACAGCUGAGAGAGCCGUCAGGGCCAACAACAUCAUGUGGAUACAGAAAGGAGCUCGACCGACAAAGAAAACAGCUGGAUUUGAUUUCAACACCUGAAAUAAAGCUGCAGGGAGCAGUUUUUCCUGAGGAGAGCCAGCAGCUGUCAGUGAGAAAUGAAGAAUCUUCUGAGCAGCAGGACAGGAUCUCCUGUCUUAAACAGGAUGAUGCCAAGCUUCCACGCAUUAAAGAGGAACAGGAGGAAUUCUGGAGCAGUCAGGAUGGAGAGCAUUUUCAAGGACCGGAGCUCACAUUCAGUCCUGUCCCUGGAAAGAGUGAAGAUUGUAAAGAGAGACCUCGACCCUCACAGCUUCAUCAAAUAAAAACUGAACAAAUGGAAAUGGGAGCUGAUAGAGAGGACUACCAAGGACCAGCUAUAGCCAAGAGCUCAGAUCCAGAGAGAGAUUUGCAAUAUGAAAUUGAGGUCAAGAUUGAUGAGUCCUCUGAGCCUGAGACCGAUGACAGUGCAGACUGGAAGGAGACCAGAGAACUUCAGUCAGGUGUAAGCUCUGUGAAUAAGACUAAAUAUAAGAGACCAAAGACUGAUAAGAAAUCACAUAGCUGCUCUGAGUGCGGUAAAAGAUUUCUCCAAAAGGGUCAUCUUACAGAUCAUAUGAGAAUUCACACAGGAGAGAAACCUUUCAGCUGUGUUGUGUGUGGUAAAAAAUUCAUUCAAAAUGGAAAUCUGACCAAACAUAUGUUAGUUCACAGUAGAAAGAAACCCUUCAACUGCUCUAAGUGCUGGAAAGGAUUUAGCCGAAAUGAAAGUCUGAUUCGCCAUAUGAGAAUUCAUAUGGGAGAGAAACCUUAUGACUGCUCUGUGUGUGGUAGAACAUUCAAUCGUAAAGGUCAACUUACACAACAUAUGAGAAGUCAUACAGGAGAGAAACCUUUCUGCUGCUCUAUGUGCGGUAAGAGAUUUUCUCAACAAGCAAGUAUGACCAGACACAUAAGUAUUCACACAGGAGAUAAACCCUUCAGCUGUACUGAGUGUGGUAAAACAUUCAGGCAAAAGAUGUAUCUGUCACUUCACAUGGCACAUCACAAAGGGGAAAAACCAGUAGAAUGCAAUGUUUGUAAACGAAGAUUCUCUUGGCAUAGCUCACUGAAGUAUCACAAGUGUCUCGGCAGAAAAGCUUCAGAGCCUGAUGAAAACCCCAACGGAGAGAAAAGAGAAGCCUGUUCUGGAGUUAAACAGGGGGCUGGUGGAGGAUCAGAUCAAACUGGGGUCACAAUUCAAGAUAGGAGUUUGCAAAAAGUGACUGAUGUCAAGCUAGAGCAUAGUAUUGAUGAUGUGGCAGAGACAAGUGAUCAUCAGGCGGCUGUGAUUUAUGUGGAAAACAUCAAUGAUGACAGACCAAAGAGUGAUAGAAAAUCAUACAUCUGCUCUGAGUGUGGUAAAAGCUUUAAACAAAAAGGUCAUCUUACGGAUCAUAUGAGAAUUCACACAGGAGAGAAACCCUUCAGCUGCUCAGAGUGUGGCAAAAGAUUUGGCUGCCAGAGGAGUAAGAACAGACACAUAUUAGUCCAUACCAGAGAAAAACCAUUUACCUGCUCUGAGUGCGGCAAAAAUUUUAGCCAAAAAGGAAGUCUGAACACACACAUGAGAAUUCACAAAAAUGAGAAACCCUUCAGCUGUGCUGAGUGCGGUAAAAGAUUUAACUUAAAGUCUGGUCUGACAACUCAUAUGGCAAAUCACAGAGGAGAGAAACUUUUCAGCUGCUCUGUUUGUGGUAAAAGAUUUAUCCUUAAAGGCCAUCUGUCAAGACAUAUGAGAACUCACACAGGAGAGAAACCCUUCUGCUGCUUGGAGUGUGGUCAGAGAUUUACCCAACAAGGUAGUCUGGCCCAACAUAUGUUUGUUCACACGAGGGAGAAGCCUUUUAGCUGCUCUGAGUGUGGUAAAAGAUUUAUUCGUAAAGGUUAUCUGAUACAACAUAUGAGAAUUCAUACUGGAGAGAAACCCUAUGGUUGUUCUCAGUGCAGCAAGAGAUUUAACUACAAAUCUAGCCUGACAGCUCAUUUGGCCCAUCACACAGGAGAGAAACCUUUUGGCUGCUCUUUUUGUGUUAAACGAUUUAACAAAAAGUCUUAUCUGACACUCCACAUGGCACACCACAGAGGUGAGAAACCCUUUACCUGCAAUGUCUGUUACCGAAAGUUUGCUUGGCACUAUCAGUUAAAAUUUCACAAAUGUGUCAGUGGUCACUCUUCAGAGUCUCUUCAAAGCCAAACUGAUGAGAAAGGCGAAGCAGAAAGAGGAGCUGAUAGAGACGACUGUGGAGAAUCAGAAGUGGUGGGAAACUCCAGUUCAGAGAGAGAUUUACAAUCAGAGAUUGAGGUCAAGAUUGAAGACUCCUCUGAUGCUGAGCUCAAAGGCAGUGAUGAUGAUUGGGAGUAGACCAAGGAACAUCAGCCAGUUUUAAGCUGAGAAAUUUGGACUCAGUCAGUGAUAAGGGAUCUGUUCUGUUGAGAAAACACUCAAUUUCUUGAGUAUGGUAACAGAUGGAGUUACUUUAAAAGGAAACCUCAAAUGGAGGAUUAGAGAAAAAACAUGUAAGUUCUACUUUUGCAGCAAAAUUUUCAGCAAGGCACAUUUUGAAAAUUACUUUUAUUAAGAAUAUAAAACACUGAGGAAAUAAGUGUGAAGAAAAUAUUUUUUUGCAACAUGAAGUAUUUUAAAAGAUUCUCAUUUACAAAAUCUUGAAGAUCAAAUCACAUAUUUUCAUGUUAGUUCAUAUGGAUGGAUUGUGGAUGUGAUGUUCUGUAUGUACCAAGAAUUUUAGAUUUUUGGCUUGAAAAGUUGCCCCAGGGGGCUUAAAAUGUCCAAUAAGAUAUCUUCAAUUUCCACCAUGCAUGCAUCAGCUGCACACUUCAGCUUAGAACUGUCAAAGUACGCUACAUUUAGGCAAAUUGAUGAGCUGCACACACUUUGACAUCCUAUUGGCUCAAGUAGCCUCCUCUUUUGAGUGGUGUCUAUAAUGUCUGUGCUCUGCAAGUAAUCAGAGAAAUAAAUUCGAUAUUAAAUCUCUUUAAAUUAGAUGAUAAGUGCAAUGUCUUAUUUUGAAAAUGAACCUUCUAACCUUUCGGUUGUUUUGUUCUGACUGACUUAAAUAUUCAGUGAUACUCAACGUAUGGCUCUUGAGCCACAUGUGGCUCUUUUGUGAUGAUCUGUGGCUCUUUUAUGUCUUAAUUUGAAAUAUUGUUCCCCCAGAAAACCUUAGAACAGGGAUACUUUGACCUCAGAAAUUAUCCAUUGCAAGUCAUAUUAAAGUUGGCUGUAAUUGUCAACUUUAAAAUUUGUCUGUAUAUUUCCA